GAUUGAAGAUAGGCAGAAAAGAAAUGUGUGCUUCACUAAGAGACGCCACGGCCUAUUCAAUAAAGCCGCUGAUUUGUGCCGUCUUACCGGUGCUGACAUUUCUCUGUUAGUAAUCUCUCCUGGUGCUCGGAAUUGACACAGUCCUAGUCCUUGUUGGCCCUGCAAUCUUGUUGCUAUUAAAACCGGCUAAGGAUGCUGAGAAAUCCUUCUCUUGCCUCUCCCUUCUUGGAAGCAUUCUUCCCUACAAGUAAGGAAACCUCUCCUUUCUUGGAAGCAUUCUUCCAGUCUACAAGGAAGUUAUUGCUGAAUUGAAGGCAGCUGGUGCUUCAUGGAUUCAGUUUGAUGAACCCAAACUAGUGAUGCAUCUUGAUAGUGGGGAGUUGAAUGCAUUCACUGAUGCCUACUCUCAGCUAAAAUCUACUCUAUCCGGUCUUAAUGUUAUUGUUGAGACCUACUUCGCCGAUCCUCUUGCCAAGGAAUUAUAUCCUAUUCCUCCACCUGACAGAACACAAGAAGAUAUACCUCUUCUUCAAACUGUACGAUCCGCAAAAAGAACAACCGGCACCGCGGUAUAUGUGGGGACACGUUUUGUGAAGGGAAGUGGCAAGCCUAUGAAAUUCUUAGAAAGCUUAAUGAGAUGGCUGGAUUCUCUCCAGAUGAAGAGAUUUAACUUUUUGAGCUUGACGAUGGAGACAUUAUUUGUUUCCAGAAACCCCUUCCAGUCGAUACUAUGA